AUGACGACGUCAAGCCUCACACAGACGGUGACUGCGGUCACCGUCGUCCCCGGCGCCUCAAAAGGAGCCUUCGGCGGAGAGAUCCCAGAGCACAUCCGCAAAAACCAAGAAAUGGCCCAGGAAGUCUUCCACGCCCUAUUCACACCCCUCAACGUUUCCCUUCUCGUCCUCCUCUGCACGGUCCUGUACCUGCGCUUCCGCCCCACCGCGCCGGUCGAGCUCCCCGAGGGACCUGCCGCGACCGUCUUCCGCACGUUCACGCCCCGCACGCUACUGCCGAACAAUGGCGAGAAUAAUGGGCCGGUGUACUUGGCGGUGAAGGGGAAAGUCUACGAUGUUUCAUCCGGUAGGAAUUUCUACGGGCCAGGCGGCAUGUACGAGAACUUUGCAGGGAGGGAUGCGACGAGGGGGUUGGCGUGUCAGAGCUUUGAUGAAGAGAUGUUGACGAAGGAUUUGGACGGGCCGUUGGAUACGUGUGAGGACUUGACGGGGGAGCAGAGGGAGAAUCUGCAGGGGUGGGUGGAGAGGUUCGAUGAGAAGUACCUCGUUGUUGGGAAGCUUGUGGCAUUCCAUAAGGUGAGGCUGGCUCUCAUCCUAUUGCUUUGGGACUGUUUACUGAUGCUGGUGGCAGACUUCGUUCCACUGACAGCCAUGACAGCACACACCGAGGCCAUCCAUAGUGAGUCAAUCGAGCUCACGGGGACAUCUCACUCUCGGACCAGCACACCCCUGAACGCAUCGAACAACGACAAAGCAGCCCCUCAGCCCCUAGCAAAGCAGAUUAGCCCGGACCCAACGCUCGCAACAAGCCCCUCAACCGCUAAUCCCUCCGACACCCUCACCACGACCCCAACCGACGACCCAACCGCCGACCCCUCCUACGCGCCCGCCCGCCCUACUUCAACAGCACCCUAA